UUUGUUGACGUAGUUGGGGAUUCCCUUCGGGUGGAAAUUCCCAAAUACCAACCUACCCGUAACACGGUUUAUGGUAUAUGGGAUAAGAUGUGGCCCUAUGCCGUGUAAGUGAGUGAAGAAUGUCAUCUUGGACCAGGAACAGUUGACGUAGUGUGCUAUUAGCACUAUCUACAUCCCUUUUACUGGAGGAUAACGCCAUGACAUAAUACGGCCGACGUAGACAAGGACAUAAUGGCUUCAGUCAACGGAAGUAAAAUCUCCAUGGCGGAAUGUAUGGCGGAGCUGAAAGCAUUCCGUCAAGUAUUGGAGAACGUGCAAGUAAACAACAGGGAAGUCCUCAACAAAUUUGACACGAGACAAAGACAUCAGAUGGCUUGUGAAGAGAAUAAAAAUGAAAUUGCAGAAAUGAAAGCUCGCGGAGAACGUCUUGUACAGAAUCUAGAAGACAGAGAUAGAAAUCUAGAAAACAUUACAGAAACUGUCAGAAAUUUAUGUGGGAAAGUUGAUGGACUACUCAGCGAUUUUUCCGCAAUUAAAGACGCGUCUAGACAAGAGAAGAGACAGUUAAAUACUACGGACCACGCCAGUUUUGUGGAGUGUGUGGACAGACGCGUCUCCUCUGGGAGAGUCAGUUCGGACACGGGACAGAAAACUCGUCGCAAUAAACAUACUUCUACAAGGACACUUGCCUCGGACACAGGACAGACAACCCGUCGUGAAGAUAAUAGGAAAGAACAAACAGAAACCAAGAAGAAUGAGUGUAGUGAUGAAGCACUCACGUUUCCUCCUGUGACCGUUAACUCGCGUGGAUAUAAACGUCGUCUGACGGACGACAGGACAGAUAAUAGAUUAAAAUCAAAACACCAACCACGUGUUCGUACCCUACCACAAUCAGGCUCGCAAAGUAAUCCAGAAACUGUGAACAUAGAGCUGGGCCAACCGGAUCCUGUGCACAACUUGGAAGCAAGUUUGGCUUUAGCUCGCAAGCGUGCUGGGAAAUCUAAGUCUGGUUUGCCGAAUUUCGCUUCGAAGGAAACGUCAACGAUGCCAGGCCUAGAUGAGAACGACCUAAAAAAGAUGUCUGGUAUCGGAAGUUCAAGGUUCAUUGGGAACUUAAUCUUUCAAAAGUGGUAUACCUAUGCCGAAACAGAAAAGGAUAUAGGAUCAGUUAGCGGUCUCGUCAGGGGGAAGGGACCAGAUACGGUUUUGUGUCUAGACACUUCUGCUAGCAUGGAGGGAGAGCCAUUCAAGAACAUGAUGAGAUUCGCAAUGGAUAUUGUCACAGGUAUAGAGGCUUUGAAAGUGAUAACAGAAAUUGAAGAGAAUGUAUCCGUGGCAACCAUUGGAGCAGAAACAAAAGUGCAGAUACACAUGACCUGUGACUUUGAUGCUGUAAAAACAACUCUACGUCAGAUACAUGACGCCGGGCCCAGAGGGCGGAGUCCUAUAGCCGGUGGUUUGUUGGUGGCCCUGGCAGGAUGCUUGGGGAAUGGCGAAAACGCAACUAUAGGUGAUGUGAUACUAACACCACGGAUAGUUCUGUUGUCGGACGGGAGAGGGACUCCAGAUCACCUCAAGGCAGGCCCAGAUGAGGCGAGGGACAGCAACACGGACAUACUUACUAAAACAAUUGUGGACUCCAAUCUGACUGAUGUAUGUCAAAACCUGAAGCGGCGUCAUAACAGAGUAUAUUGUAUGCCAUUCGGGGAUGCUGACCAGGAUUAUUUUCAGAGUGUCCUGGAAAAAGUUUCUAAAAUUACAUCAGGAAAAGUCUUCCUUCCCUCGCAGCUGGACAGAUUUUUGAGAUUUACAGAUAAAAACGUCGCAGCUGCCCAACUGUUGGCCCGAGUUGUUGCCACUCUAGGGUAUAUACCUCCUGGUGAUGGAAUGCGUUUACUAUUUGAAAGACAUCACGCGAAUGUGUCAUUAGAAGACAAGGCCGACGUUCUCGAACUCGUUCAGUUGUUGGUGACCGAGUUACCGGAUCAGCUUAUUACAUCAGAACACGACGAAGAAUUGCCUGCACUUGGAACUCGCGUGCGACGUGGUCCGGGCUGGAAGUGUCAGGAUCAGGACUCAAAUGGUGUAGGGACUGUAUGUAGUCACGGGAAGGAUGGCAGGGUCGUGAUUGAGUGGGACAACGGACGGAGAUUUUUUUAUGAGUAUAAGAAAGAACCUAAAGAAGUGAUACCUACAAAUGAGCACAGGGUUCUGAAGUAUGAUGAGUUGAUCGCCACCGGAUGCCGAGUUACAAGAGGUGAUGGAUGGUCGUAUGCAAAUGAAGACGGAGGGCCGGGAUCGGUGGGCGUGGUCGUACGAGUAUACUUGGAUGGAUGCGUGAUUAUACGCUGGCAGAACAAAGCUAUGUCAAACCUCAAAUAUGGAUCUGAGGGCCAGUUCGAAGUGAAAAUUUGGACUGCAGAUAGAUCUACACUUCCGGUCAGACAGGAAAAUCGGUCAGCACCACCUGGCGGCUCGCCUUACAUCGAGUCCGCCUUGCCACACAUUGGAGAAAUGAACAGGAGAAACAUGGCCAAUCAAAAUUAACAUCUUUAUUCGUUAUGGAUUGAAAGAUAAAUAGAACUGUUGAUCUGAUUAUGUAUUGUCCUUCAAAGACAGAUUUUCCACCGACGAGGUUUCCAACAUGUUUUUCGAAACCCGUAUUGCGGAAUUCAUCCAAACUUUACAUGAUUGCUAGUUUGUGUAUGACCGGUCGGGCUCAAGACUAUUUUCGUUUUUGACCGGUCAUCCGGACCGAGGCCUCUGAUUCGUCGAAAUUUUUUUCUGAUUUGUUUUAAUGAAAUUUAUCAUAUAGGUGUAGUAUGACACUACAAACACUGUUGCCAUAGCAACUGUUCUAUGUAAGACUGCUGGGGUCGUUUUGGGCCAUAUAUAACGGUACCCGUUACUUAAGUACUUGCCGAUUCAAUACUAAUGUAUUAAAAAGUGUGUAGACUUUUUUAUGGUAUUUCUUUGUGAUAAACUUUGAUGUAGGGCACCCCUCCAGGUGUCCGUCUUUGAAUUCGUUAUUAUGACACGAGUUCCUAUCAAACAACCUUGACUUAUUUGUGACUGUAUACGUAAAGAGGCUUACUGUUGUAAGUAACCACCCUUUAUGAGUUAGAUACACGUGAGGCUGUGAUUUGUGUUUUUGUAAAUGUGAUAUAACUUUAUUGAAAACCAUGUGAUAUACAUGUACGAUAGACGGUUUGUGGACAUGAUGAAAAAACCCAAACAAAAUGCAAGUGGGGCAUAGCAAUGAUCGAGGUAAUUAGUCGAUUUAUGCAAUAUGGAUUAUAUGACGAUUUGGAUUAUAAAUUAUAUUGUAUGAUAAUGUAAAUAACCAGAUGAUAUUUACAGCAUGCAAGUGUGACUUUAUAAUAAUAAUGUGUAUGUAAUCUAAAAAUAAACCCAUGAAGAUCUCAA